GUUAGCGGGUGUGUUUCCGGGUGACUGAUGUGUGAGUUGGCUCGCGGAGCAGAUUGUCGGUGUCGAACUGUGCGGGAGCAGAGUGUCAGUGAUGCUGGCGUGUGCGGUUCGCUGCGGGUCUCUGCGGCUCUGUCUCACGAUGCUGCUGGCUACACUUUCACCUGUGACCGCGUGGGAGGAUCUGGAGCUGCUGGACCUGGUGGAGGAAAUCCCGCAGACCUUUUACCAGUUUCUGUCCCUGGACCAGGACGUGUCUGCAGCAGAGAUAAAGAAGGCUUAUCGUCGAAUGUCUCUCACCCUGCAUCCUGACAAGAAUAAAGACGAAGAUGCUGAGACUCAGUUCAGACAGCUCGUCGCCAUUUAUGAAGUCCUGAAAGAUGAGGAGAGACGACGCAAGUACGAUGACAUCCUGGUGAAUGGACUUCCUGACUGGAGACAGCCCGUCUUCUACUACAGACGCGUGAGGAAGAUGAGUAACUCUGAGCUAGGGUUCCUGCUCUUCCUCAUCCUGACUGUGGGACACUAUGCUGUCCUUUGGUCCAUCUACCUGGAGAAGCAGCUGGAUGAGCUGCUCAGUAAAAAGAAAAAAGACAAGAAGAAGAAGCAGAGCUCUAAACCUGCAGAGGAACUCAGGGUUCAUGACCGACCUCACUGGCACGACAUUCUCCCUCUGAAACUCAGCAUCUGGAUCUACCUUUCCAUCAAAAACCUGCCCCAGACCAUCCAGGAGGUGAAGCAGUUCUAUGAAGACCACCAGCGGCUGAAAGAAGAAGCUGAAGCAGAACAGGAACCUGUGACCAGAGAGAAAAGGCCAAAGGUCAAAAAGCCAAAGGCGGAGUUUCCAGUUUUUGAGGCAUCGCCAGAGAACCUGAACUACCAAGGCUACGACCAGACCUCGUGCAUCGAAGAGAUUGAAGACCAGAUGGAUGACUGGCUCCAGGAGCGCAGAGCGCCCAGAAGGAAGGCUGAUAACUGGUCGGAGGACGAGCUCAGCCUCCUCAGCAGGUUGAUGGUUAAAUUUCCAGGAGGAACUCCUGGUCGAUGGGAAAAGAUUGCUCAUGAACUGGGACGAUCAGUGUCUGAUGUGACAACAAAAGUUAAGCAGGUGAAAGACAACGUGAGCCACACCCCAGGUUUGGUGAAGCUGUCAGAGCUGAAGAGCUCUCUUCCUGUGAGGUCACUUCCUGUUGCUGACUCUGUGAUGACUCAGCAGGUGGGUGGGGCCUGUGAAGAAGUGCAGGAAGAAGGGGAGGUUGCUCCAGCCAUACGCCGGAGAAACAGGAAGACAGCAGAUGGGGGGGAGGUAAAGGUCAGAGGUCGUCGGCAGAGAGACUUUGAUCCUGCAGCUGUGGAGGAGGAGGAGGAGGAGGAGGCGGAGCCUCAGGAGAACAGGGAGAAGGCGGAUCCGGCCGCCUGGACUCAGAACCAACAGAAACUGCUGGAACUCGCUCUGCAACAGUUUCCCCGUGGAACUGCAGAACGGUGGGACCGCAUCGCUAAGGUGGUUCCUGGGAAAAGCAAGGAGGAGUGUAUGAUUCGUUACAAGAUGUUAGCCGAGCUCGUUCAGAAGAGGAAACAAGCCAAGAGCUGAUGACCUUUGACCGCUCUCCAUGUGACCUUACAGUGAACGCUCUGAUUGGAUGAACUUUAAGUGUGAUGUGGUGUCUCACCUGCUCAGGUUGACCUCUGACCUCUCAGCUUCAUGUGCCUUAGCCUGUCAAUCACCUUCUGUUCAUUGAUCAAUAAACAGUAUUUAUUAUUUUUACUGUCAGCUAUCACUUAAAGUCUGCGUCCAAUGAACGUGAACUGAAGUCACAUCUGUGCUCUGAUUGGACGAUCACAUUUGACUCAUGACCUGAUGUUUAUCAAUAAAUCUGCACUUUGUUUUCA